UAUAUAAAGCACUCUAUUAUGUUAAGUUCUACAAGUUAUCUCAUCCACAACUCUUACCAAGUCACCAACCAUUUUCCUUUCAAAUCUAUACUUUCCAAAUCCAUCAACCAAACAUUCAAAAGCAUAAAAUCUUGUUUUUCAUACAACCAUGUUUAAAUCCAAUAGUACUAGAAGAGGCCAUGAGAAGUAUGAGAAAUUAGAUAAAGAAUUUGGUGGACAUAAUGAGACUUCAAAUGAAGAGUAUUUGAAGAGGAGCACAAGUGUUCCUUCAGGGCCAUCAAAUAUAAAGACAAAUAUGGCUAUGGCUUCAACCUUAGGGGAUAUUAAUCUACAAAGAAACCCAACAAAGAAAGCAAGUAGUGAUCAUAAGGAGAAGAGUACUACUCAUCCACUUCUCAAUUUCUUUGAUUUUCGGAGAAAGAAGAAAGCAACAUCAAAGCCUGAAUUUGCAAGAUAUGUUGAGUAUUUGAAGGAAGGAGGCAUGUGGGAUUCUAAUUCAAAUAAACCUGUGAUUUAUUAUAAAUGAUGUGUUUUGCUCAAAUUUUGAAUUCAAUUGAUGUUAGUGCUAUUUCUUGUAAAAAAUAGAGUUUGAAUUUCAUAUCAAAUUUGCAUAAGAGGAUGUGGAUCAAAAUAUAAAUGAUUUUCUUCAUCAUUGAUAUGAUGUAUACAUGCAUUUUCAUCUGCCUAUUGAAUCUAAUUGGAUAUGAUGAUAUAAUAAUGUCCUUAGCAUUUCUCUUAUGGAUUUACCAUACCAUCAUCAGGAUCAAACUUUCAUCAUAAACAAAUUUGAACUCCCAAUAAUA